CCAGAAUUUGCAAAGGUAGGUAAUCCAAAACCUGCUACGUACGUAUACUUUGUCCAUCUGUGCUCUAUAUAAUCUCGCCUUCGAUGGUCAGUUUGCCAGCCAACGCCAACGAUUGAGCUUAGAAUCACCAUGCCUUUCACGCCUAUUCAUUCGCUCAUAGGAGCUAUACUGCUCCACUUAUCCACUUCCGAGCUUCUCGAAGAUACCGGCCAUGUUUUUGGCAUAUCAGGGAUUGUAAGCGGUGCUGUGCUAGGAGAGCGACAAGGUUGGAGAUGGGCUGUUGUCGGCGGGUUGGUGGCGGGGCCAGCAUUGGCUGCCGUUACCGGCGUCAAAGCUCUAUUCCCAGGACAGGCUCUAUCAGCUCUGGAGAUUAUAGGCAAAGGUAAAUUGGCAUUGGCCGGGAUACUUGUUGGUUUAGGAAGUCGGCUCGGUUCUGGUUGUACCAGUGGACAUAUGCUCUGUGGUGUCUCAAGACUAUCUGUACGGUCAAUCGUAGCAACUAUAACAUUUUUCGCCACUGCAGUCAUCACCAGCAAUAUCUUCCCCCAGUAUCCUACCCCUUCAACUCCCGCGUACUCUAUCGAACUACCCUCUCUUUCAACUACUGUUGUUCUAAUCUGCGUACCUCUGGUCGCCCGACUUGUCCAGCGAGCGACAAGCACCACCUUAACCCGCAUGAGUUCGGUACCCAAAACCGCACGCCUUUUACCAUACUUUGUUUCAAGUCUGAUCUUUUCUGUUGGUCUGUCGCUGUCUGGUAUGACUGAUCCUUCAAAAGUGUCGGCUUUCCUCAGAUUCCCCCAUCCACAAUGCUGGGACCCAUCUUUACUCUUGGUUGUUCUCGGCGGCGUUCUUCCCAAUAUGCUGCACUAUGCCUUCAUUAUCAACGAGAACAAGAGGCCGGGCGACGGGCAGCCAAAGCCAAAGCCAAGGUUCAGUUGGGAAAGCUGGCAAGUCCCCACGCGAGAAGAUAUUGAUUCAAAGCUCGUAGUGGGUGCUGCCAUUUUCGGUGUCGGUUGGGGGUUGGUGGGGAUAUGUCCCGGUCCAGCUUUAGUUUCUUUAGGUUCGGCCUUGCUUGAUGUUUGCUCUGGCUCUGGUUCUUGGCAAGUGUUGGGGAAAAUAUCGACUUUCUUGGGCACGAUGCUUUUGGGCAUGGCCUUUGGUGGGAGUAUUUAGUGAUGGGUGAUACGACACGACUCACAACUCUAUUCAUUUUGCGCCAAUCGCAUUAAUGCAUAUACA